AUGUCUGCUGCAAAAUUUUCAGCGCAAUCAAUCUCCUACAUAGAGAGAAAAGAAACAGAUGGAUUUGCUUUCACCUCUUAUUCUAUUGAUACUGUUAAUGCUUUCAUCAGCAUAGUACCAUAUUUUUUCUUGGACUUGGCAGGGCCAAAACUGCAUGAAUGUGCAAGAACCUUCACCAUAAUAAAUAAUUGCCGGGAAACUAUCUGGCCUGCGAUUAUCCCUGGUGACAACUUUAAUGGUGGAGGUUUUGAAUUAAAAUCACACCAAUCUGUUGUCUUUCAAGCCCCAGUAGGGUGGAGUGGCCGCAUAUGGGGUCGAACCGGUUGCAAGUUUGACAAAAAAGGAAGUGGUUCAUGCCAGACAGCGGACUGUGGCAACACCCUUAAGUGUAAAGCCUCAGGCAAAACCCCAGCAUCACUUGCUGAAUUUACCCUUGCUGCUAUUGAUUUUUACGAUGUUAGCCUUGUUGAUGGAUUUAAUUUGCCGAUGGCUGUUACACCAAUCAAUGGUAGAGGAAACUGCUCCACUGCCGGAUGUGAUUCAGACCUGAGGGAAACCUGCCCUUCAGAACUGGCUGUUAAGGCCAGUGGAAAGGUUGUAGCAUGCAGAAGCGCCUGCGAUGUAUUCAACACCGAUGAAUACUGCUGCAAAGGGACAUAUGCGAACUCUGUGGUUUGUCAACCUACAUAUUAUUCCAAGAAGUUCAAGUCAGCAUGUCCUGCUGCAUAUACUUACGCAUAUGAUGAUCCUACCAGUCUUUUCAAUUGUGUUGGAACAGAUUAUGUUGUCACCUUCUGCUCAACCAGGAAUCAACCAGUAUGUACAUACCAUGAUCGCAAGCUUGUCUGCACAAACAAAGCAAUUGGCUUAAACCCAUUGAUAGGAAGAUGGUGGCCUGCUAUGCUUGCACUGCUAUUAAUGCCUAACCUGUGGAUCAUUUUAUAA